UGCAGACCACGUGACGCUGCACGGAAGUGACGCUAGAGUGCUCAAAAGAGUUCAGCGAAGCAUCUAGGAACAAAACAGCAGCUAGCUUCAAAAAACAUCAUUUCCCAGCAGAAGACCGACGGAGGGGGACUAAACACACGGUGAAAACGGUCAACCCAUCUGUGAGUCGACGACGAUAAUGAAUCCAGUGUACAGCCCUGGGUCAACAGGGGUCCCCUUUACCAACACUAAGGGUAUAGGAUACCCCGCUGGAUUCCCUGUCGGCUAUGCAACAGCUGCUCCAGCGUAUACUCCCAAUGUGUACGCAGGAGGAAACCCAGCCUUCCCCAGUGGUAAGUACGCGUCCAUGUGCGACGGGUGUCCUAUUCAAGAUAGACAUUUGCUCCUGGACCUCUCGCGAACACGUAUGUCACGUGCCAACCGCAGGGUAGGGGGGCAUUUAAUACCUCACAACAACAGGGGCACGUAUUAUACACAGCCUCUGUAUGCUGCUCCGCCUCAUGUUAUCCAUCACACAACAGGCCAGCCAAAUGGGAUGCCUGCAGGCCAUGUAACGCCCCCCCAUGCAUGGCCUCCCUUCAGCCACAAUGGUGUCCACCAUGGGGAUGGUAGCUGGCACCACCAUGGCCAUGUCAGCUGGUGA